UGUGACAUCAUCAUGCCAGUCUGGUAAACGGUACUUGUGUCAAGCGUCCACGCUAUAAAAGGGGCUCAGCUUUGUCAGGCUCAUCCCCGACUCGGUCUCAGUGCGCUACUCGUAGAACUCGACGACCUACCUCCUACCAGAUUGCUACCACAAUGGCGGCUGCACUGGAAAGCCUGUCCUCGAGCGUCCGGCUCUCGUCUGGCUACACUAUUCCCGUCCUCGGCUUCGGCGUCGCCUUCGGGUUCGACAAGGCUGGCAGGGAUCCACGAACUCUAACUAAGCCUGCCGUUCUGGAGGCCCUGAAGGUUGGGCUUCGCCACUUCGACACUGCCCGGAUGUACAACAAUGAAGACCACCUAGGCGAGGUCAUCAAGGAAAGCGGCAUCCCGCGCGAAGAGCUCUUCAUCACGACGAAGGUGGACGGAGACUUCCACGGCUACGACAAGACAGUAGCCAGCGUCAACGACUCCCUGAAGAGGCUCGACCUCGAUUUUGCGGACCUCAUCCUUCUCCACGAUGCGCGCGCGGGGAAGAGGCGUCGUUUGGAGGCGUACAAGGCACUGCUGGACCUGAAGGCACAAGGCAAGGUCCGCAGCGCGGGCGUGUCGAACUAUGGUGUCAAGCAUCUCGAGGAGAUCGCCGCUGCGGGCUACGAAGUCCCAUCCGUGAACCAGCUCGAGAUCCACCCGUUCUGCCAACAGCGUCCCAUCGUCGAGUACUGCAAAGCACACAACAUCACCGUCGAAGCAUACUGCCCCCUCGUCCGGGGCAGGGUUGACAACCCCGUCGUCGGAAAGAUCGCAAGUCGGCUCGGCAAAGACCCGGCACAAGUCCUCAUCCGGUGGUCCCUCCAACGCGGGUUCAUCCCUCUGCCGAUGUCGUCCUCGCCAGCCCGUAUCAAAUCCAACGCGGAUGUCUUCAACUUCAGCCUCCCUGAGAGCGACAUGGCCGGGCUCGAUGCUCUCGACCAAGGUGGUGCCGGGGCUAUCAGCUGGAACCCAGUGGAUGUCGAGUAGAUAGACGGUGUAGAUGUAAUACUAGCAGAUGUAACACUAGGUGACGUUUAGAGUCGUAUGACUGGAAGAUAAAACAGUCCACCGUGAA